UAACAAUAGACAAACAAGUAAGUAAGAGAAAAGAGCAAAAGAAGAAGUAGAAGUGGUAGUAAUGGCGUCCUCUAUGCUCUCCUCCGCUGCUGUGGUUACCUCCCCGGCUCAAGCCACCAUGGUCGCUCCAUUCACGGGCUUGAAGUCUUCCUCUGCAUUCCCAGUCACCCGCAAGGCCAGCAAUGACAUUACUUCCAUCGCUAGCAACGGAGGAAGAGUUAGCUGCAUGAAGGUGUGGCCGCCAAUUGGAAAGAAGAAGUUUGAGACCCUCUCUUACCUUCCUGACCUUUCCGAUGUUGAGUUGGCUAAAGAAGUCGACUACCUUCUCCGAAACAAGUGGAUUCCCUGUGUUGAAUUUGAGUUGGAGCACGGGUUUGUGUACCGUGAGCACGGAAGCACACCCGGAUAUUACGAUGGACGUUAUUGGACAAUGUGGAAGCUUCCAUUGUUCGGAUGCACUGACUCUGCUCAAGUAUUGAAGGAAGUCCAAGAGUGCAAAAAGGAGUACCCUAACGCCUUCAUCAGAAUCAUCGGAUUCGACAACAAUCGUCAAGUCCAAUGCAUCAGUUUCAUCGCCUACAAGCCACCAAGCUUCACCGAUGCUUAAUCACGUUACAAGACAUUCAUAAAUAAUAUCUACUCAUUUCAUUUCCAUGUGUCUGUUUCUUUUUUUUCUUUGGCUUUUUGUUUAUGAGACAUGUUAUAUCGGAUUGUCAAGUGUCUGAUUUAUGAACAUGUAAUCUCUAUAUUUCAUUUUCUUUUUUAUUACUUA